AUGCGUCGCCGCGACGUUGUGGCCUGCCGCCCUUUUCUCGCCCGUGGCCUCAUCUUCAGCCCGCGCUACGACGGCCGCGGGUCCGGCGUGCACGACAUCGCGCCGCGGGAAAAAGGGGAUUUCGUCUACGAGGGCGCCGCCCAGGUCCUUCCAGGAGCCCACCCCCUCCCUCUUUUUCACCCCGACAACACCGUUACCCGACCGCUCGUGUCGCCGUACCUGCCUUCGCCGCAGCGCCCGCAUCCGUAUUUCACCGCGCCGUUGCCGGAGCUCCCGCACUUCGCGACGACCCGGCCGAUUGUCUACACGCCGGGGACGAUGAAAACGCGGCUGGUGGUCCCGGUGCACGACCUGGACGGGGCGGUCACGCACACGCGGGAGUUGGACCCCUUUCUCUUCGGCCUCUACCCCGAAGCGGAGGAGAUGAGCAAACACCUGCAUUACUGGCUCGUCCGGUGUCGCAACUACUCCAGCCUGUGGGACUACGAGCGGCGGGAGAUCUGGCGGCGGGCGAAGAAGAAUUGGCCGAACACCGGGCUCGGGAUGCCCCGGGUGCGGGAUCGGAAGUCCCAUCAAUUCCCUUGGGGCGGCCAGACCCGGCCGGGGAAGCCGUGGAAUCUUCGGAUGCCCAGCAUGACCCCGGCGGCGUGGAGCCGGGGCUGUCGCAUGCUCGCGACGCUGAAGGUAUUGCAAGGAAAGCUGCAAGUCGUGCAGCGGCUUCACCUGGCGGAGCCGACGCAGACGGCGUAUUUGGCGCUUUGCCGUCGGAUGGGGUGGGAUGUUCGCCAUCACGGGGCGGGGGUGCUCUUCAUCGAUGGCGGUUCUCGGCUCACGCCGAGUGUGGAGUUUGAUCGGGCGUUUUUUUUCGGGAGUUUUUUUAACGGGCGGAAUAAACUGGUGCGGCCGACCUUUCUUUGUGACGAACCCUACGACUUCAACUACACCGCCGCGAAGCAGCGGUUUAAAGGGCCGAAAGGGCCGAAGAAUCCGAUCCCGGUGAAUCGCUUUAACGCUUACGACGCCCUCACCCAUCACCUCUUGGUGAUCACCGAGGGCGCUCUUAUGCAGCUCGAGGAGGAGAUGUACGCACACAAAUUAACAAUGCUACCCCCGCAUAUCCGCGCGCAACUGCCGGAGCGGGGGUUUCUCGACAGCGAGGUGUUGGGGGAUUGCUUGCCGCAUCUGAAAACGAUCGAGAUGGAGGCCGCCGCGCGGACAGAGGAGGUGGAGCGAGGGAUGUAUGAGGGGUAUUACGACAACCCGUACGAUCCGUGGAGGGAUGAAAAGGAAGCCUCCUAUGCGGUGGACGGCGUCGAGGGCACCGUUCAGCGUUAUGUGAAGUCCAAAAAGGCAUCCUGGGCGAUGCUGACGUGA